CCAUCUCGCGUGGACUGACUGCUGUGUGAUCACGUGUUCCCACUGCCCUUGGCCGCGUGAGUUGUGAUCAUCAUGGCUGCUAUGUUAGCAGGAGCCCGGCUUGUCCUUCGCCAGGGACUGCGCUUCCUCCCGGCUUAUAGAGUGCGGCCGGCGGCUGUGCCAGUCAGAUGUCUCAGUAGCUCAGCAAGGUUUCUUACCACAGCUGUACUGGAUAAAAGCACCGUAGAUGUGGAGCAUUUUGAGUCAAAUCACCGCACACAAUCACAGUCCGACAGUUGGUCACUCUAUCAAAUGGGGAAGAGGUUGAAAAAAAAUGGACGAAUUAGUAAAAAACAUUUUCUUGACUCUUUUGAAGAGGUCUGCAAAGCAGGUAAACCAUCUAGCAGCCAGGCGUGGCUUCUCUUGCAGGCAUGCGGGUCUUUAAUGCCUGGGGUACCUCCUGCAGAAAGAACAGAAAUUGCAGACAGCGUCUGGAACAAGAUGAAAGAAUUGGGUGUUGUCUUCAAUGAAACCCAUUACAACAUGUUGUUAAGAAAAUACAUUGAAAAUGAACACACAUUCUCACCUACUGAAUUCCUUGCUGGUAUGGAGGCUGCCAAAGUACAGCCAAAUCAGUCUACAUAUGAAGCACUGAUUGCAGCUUACUGCAAGGACGGAGAUAUUGAAGGAGCAAGCAAAAUUCUGGGUUUCAUGAAGAGUACCAAACUCCCAAUCACAGAGGACGUUUUCAGUUCCCUGAUCACAGGACAUGCAAGAGCUGGAGAUAUGGAAAAUGCUAAGAACAUCCUGUCUGUCAUGGAGGGAUCAGGGUUAAUGCCUGGAAAAAGCGCAUAUGUAGCAUUGCUUCAUGCAUAUGCUGAAAAAGGAGAUGUCGAAGGCAUCAAGCAGACUCUGGAAGACUGUAAACUGAACCUGUCAGAAACGGUGUACUUGAAGUUGAUAUAUUCUCUUGCAAGGGCCGGUCACUCUCAGCUGGUGCCAGAUAUCUUUGAACGUAUGCAGGCUUGCAAAGGGUAUUUGCAAGACGUGAUGAAUCUUUGUUUGAUGUUACUGACUCAAGGCUAUGGAGAUACAGCAGUACUGGUAGCAAAGAGGUUUGUUCCCCUCCACGAGUUGGAUAGCGAUCUCAGUCAUCAGCGGGGCAACUUUUUUCUACGGCAUUGCGUUCAUUUAAACAUGCCUGCCAACAUCAUAAAGAAAUAUGCCUCUGAACUGCAAGAAUCUGAUUUGCACAACACUCCCCUGCAGUUUGCUUUACUUUGUGCUUUGGAAUAUGAUAAAAAAGACAUGGCACUUGAGCUUAUGAGAACCAUGAAAGAAGAAAGAUUACCUUUAAGACCGCACUACUGCUGGCCUCUGCUAGCUUCGUUCAACAAUGAGAAUGAUAUACAAGGUGUUCUUCAGGUUCUCAAAGCGAUGCAUGAGAUGGGUGUGAAACUUGACUUCAAUACCUUUAGGUUGUAUGUUGCUAAAUUGUUUGGAAAUGUUGAAUCUCCCGAAUCCUUACUGGAGUCUGCUCACACUGUUCCAGCUUAUUCAAAUGCAGUGUUUCGAAAACCCAGAAGUUCGGGGAACGGGAGCAUCGAUUCAGGGACCAGCGACACCAACGACAUGGGCAACUGCAGCGACGGGCCUACGGACGGGGGGCGGUGCCUGCUGGGGUCUCCUUCCUUGCCCUGGGUUCUGGUGGCAUAUUUUUUUGCCGGGGACAUGGACUGUGGGGACAAACUGGACGCAGUGCCCUGUGAGGGCUGCGGCCUCUCUUCAGGGACCUCUCCCACACCCCCCUUUGCGCAGCCUGUGCUUCUGCGCCCCUAUCCCAGUCUCCCUUGGUGUCUGCGGGGUCUUUGGGGGGGGUCCACUGGCGCUAUGUUGUCCUUGGAGGCCUUUUCCUCCACCAUGGACAGUUUUGUGUCCCGUAUGGAGCACGCGCUGACGCAGCGCCCCCCACGGAAGCGCGCUUUGCCGGCCCCCUUAUCGGUCCUUUCUGGGGAUUCUGAGGAAGAAGGGGGAAUUUCUGCUGCGGCCGCGCAGCAUGAUCAGGGGGACUCCUCUCAGGCGGAGUCUGGUAGUGAAGACGAGUCGGGGACCGCCCUUAUGGUCCAGGAGCGUGAAUUGGUCACGGCUUUGGUUGGCGCUGUGCGGGAAACGUUAAAAAUUGAGGAGACUCCGAGUUCUUCGGCGCUCCCGAGUUGGAAGCGCCCGAGCAAGUCGUUUACCGUUCCAAAACGCUUCCUGUCUAAGUGGUCUACUCCCCCCGCUGUGGAUCCGCCGGUUUCUCGCCUGAACAAGGCUACGGUUAUCCCGGUGGAGGAUUCGCCUUCCUUUCGGGAUCCCUCGGAUAGGAAGGCGGAGGCGGUGGCGCAUUCUGUUGGCUAUUUUCUGCGUUGCUUGAUUGGCAGCAUGAGUGACUCAGAGGUACAAGCCAAAGAAGAAUGCCUGAAACAAUACUUCCAUCAGCUUGAGGAGAUGGGUGUUAAUGACUUGACUGAUACGGCUGGGAGCGUCUACAAAAUGGAAGAGCAAAUAGAAACAAAUAUAAAGCAUAUUCAAUCUUCUAAGCUGAAGUUUAAGGAUCUACUUGAUAAACUAGUUGCAGCACAGGAUGUAGAGAAAGCUCUGGAGUUGACAUCGAAGGAUGGCAGUCAUUUCAAUUUUGGCAUGUAUAUGACAGUCCUGCAAUUGUGCUGUGAUCAGAACAGGCCAAAAGAAGCACUACAACUGAAAGAGGAAAUAGGCCAAAGAGGUUUUACUCAACAUCCUUCAGUAUCCAAGUACCUGAGCCUUGUUAAGGUGCUGGCAUUGAAUGGUUUUGUAGAAGAUGCUAUUAACGUUCUAACGGAGAUGCAUGAGAGGCAUGUGGCUGUCAGCAAAUUCUUCGAUAAAUCGUUCUUUCAUAUCCUCAACCAGUUGGCCAUAAAAGAUGACGUUGACGCUGUCAACCGGUUACACGAGCAUAUUGUGACGCUCAACUUGGCUAAACCAACAGCCAACCUUUGUACCCCGUUGGUGAAGGUACACUUAAAUCGGAACGAACUCUUGCCUGCUUUAGAAGCAAUGCUGGAAUGUCAAAAGAAGUACAAUUGCUGUCCAAUGGAGUAUGAAAUGCUGUUGAAGUUGAUAGAGACGGGAGAAACAACCCUUCUAAAGAAAGCUGUGGAUGGCAUAAGUGACGCUUUGGGGGAAAGGCAAAUGCUCCUCACCCUUUUAUUUGCCUUCAUCGAAACAGGAAAAUACGCGGAGGCCCAGAAGAUUGUGGAGACUCCUGGCUUAAGAUCCAUUCCAAAGAAGGUAACCUGGGUCCUUGAAAGAUUCAAGAAGAUGAACAAGGUGGAAUCGUUGGAAAAAUGUGUGGAGAUCACGCGAGUUCUCUUUGACUGUAACAGGGAAGACAUGUAUUUUCAACUGCUAAGCCUGUAUGGUAAAAAUAAUGAUUGGACUAAGGCAGUACCACUCUGGCACAAAAUGAAGGAGGAGGAAAUCCCAAUGAAGGAAAGAACCUUGAGGGUUUUCAAAAACAUUUUUCGUGAAAAUGAUCAAAACAUUUCUACUCACAUCCCAGAGUUUCGGGAAAAAAGUGGUAAAGCAAAACAACCAGACCUUGAUGAAAUGAGCAGGAGAGUGGAGGAUUUUUGCCAGAACAAAAUGAUUACAGAGGCGUACAAUGUGUUUCUGGAGGCUGAGCAGAACAAUCAACGUCUUUGCAAAUCCUCAUACUCAAGGCUUUCUAAGGGACUGCUGUAUGCUGACCUGUUUGAAGAUGCAUGGAAAGUAGACGAAGUCGCCAAGAGCCACUUCAAUGACUCCACCAUGGAUAAUCUUUUCUUCAAUCGCUUUCUGGCAUAUCAAGUUAGGCGGGACUGUUUGAAAGAUGCGCUACGCACCCUAGAGAGGAUGCUCAAGCAUGGCAGUGUGCCCAACCAAACCGUGUUAGAUAAACUCCGCGAAGCUUUGGCCCUGAACGGAGAUAUGGACAGCCUGGAAAAAAUGGAAGAGAUAACCAGCGACCUCAAAGAAACAUUUCCCAGAAUGGAAAGGGCAUUCUACAACGCUAAACUGUUGUUUCACUUCAAAAAUGGAAACUUUGAAGAAGCCAUCUCAAUGAUUGAAUCGCUAUGUUCAAAGGAGCCAAAUACCUCUAUAUAUUACCUGUCAUUGACACUGGUGAAAAACAACAUGACUGAAGCGCUGGAAAAAUUGAGCAUUGUUGCAGAGAUGUUUGCCAAUCAAUUCUCAAUAUACCGCCCAGUCACAGAUUUGUUUAUUGUGUUUGCCAAAUCAGGAAAAGUGGAAGAAGCCAAACGGUUAUUAGAGAAAAACCAGAUUUCCCAGCUGCUAGAUGUAUUGGGGGAUCCUCUUUACAAACACAUUGGGUACAACAGCCUGAUGAAACAAUACAUCUCCACCAACAAAUUAAGCGAUGCAGUCGAUUUGUACGACAGAAUGAAAGCCGAACAGAUAGAGCCAGUUGAAGACCACUUGAAACAAUUGGCAGUCCUUCUAAGAGAGGCAGACAAGCCUGUCCCUUUCCCCGAACCCCAAGUGAGUGCUUUCCAAUUAUACACACCUCUAAAGAUUGUAUGCCAAUGUUCUUCCUCUUCAUAAUAGACUGUUGCUCUCUCUAAAAAGAGAAUAAAAAAAAAAAAAGUUGUCUACUUAAUUACACGGGGAUUAAAUCUUGAGCGCGAUUUCUCUAUGGGAUGUGUUCAUGUGAAGUGUUGGCAGCUCAGCGCUGCAGGAUUAAUUUAGUUAUACUCCCGGGAGUAGAUAACCUUCGCUGGAUUAUUGUGUUAAAAGCAUCAGAUACGAUCAGCCCCACAUCUGCAGGUCAUAUUGAAGGUAACGCUUCACCCACAAUCCACUGGGGCAGCUAUCUCCAUGUUGUGCUGCUUGAAAGGUGAUUUUAAUCCCUUAUUUUUAUUGACCACUAAUUGUUUUUUCGCUUUUCUUCUUUUCUACAAAAC